UCAAAUCUUCCAUCUUCUUUCUACACACCACACAACAAACAACAAUGGCAACUCUCCCACUCUUCCUCCCUCUUCAACCCUCACUCAACCACCACCACCGCCGGCAACUUAUCAACCACCGCCGGCAACGCACACUUCUAUUUCCUACUUUAUCAUCGCCGGAUCUCCGUCAGCCACAUCGCCGUCCAAUUCUAACCGUCAACAAACCUAAUUUCACCACCGCAGCUUACAUAACCGGUCCGGCAUCAGAUGCAAUCGUCGCCGCCGAUGAUCCGAAGAUAGACGAAGCCGAUUCAACUCCGGCACCGGUGCAGCAGUUUAACGCUAUAAGUUUGGGGCUAUUGUUGAGGCUUAUUUCUCGUCAUAAGCUCCGAGUUGCUGCUUCGAUUGCUAGUCUUAUAUGCUGUACCACUUGCACUCUUUCAAUGCCUAUAUUAUCCGGAAGGUUUUUCGAGGUACUAAUAGGUGCAAGAGCUGAGCCUUUAUGGCAGCUUCUCAGCAAGGUUGCGGUUUUAUAUACAUUGGAGCCGAUUUUCACGGUUAUUUUUGUUGUAAAUAUGAAUACGAUAUGGGAGAAGGUUAUGUCGAGCUUAAGAGCUCAGAUAUUUGGCAGUGUGUUGAUUCACAAGGUGGAAUUUUUUGACAAAUACAAGGUUGGUGAGCUCACUGCUUUAUUGACAUCUGAUUUGGGUUCUUUCAAAAGCAUCGUGAGUGAAAACAUUUCAAGGGAUCGUGGUUUCAGGGCACUAACCGAGAUUGUUGGGACAAUGAGCUUGCUGUUUGUUUUGGCUCCCCAACUUGCACCGAUCUUGGGUGUACUUAUGCUUGCGGUGUCUAGUUUAGUUGCUGUAUACAAGAGAUCAACUGUGAAAGUGUUUAAAGCCUAUGGGUUGACCCAAGCUUCAAUAGCUGAUUGUGUAACCGAAACUUUUUCUGCAAUCCGUACAGUUAGGUCAUUUGGUGGAGAAAAACGUCAAAUGUUAACGUUUGGGAACCAGGUUCUAGAGUUUCAGAAAAGUGGCAUCAAGCUUGGAGUUUAUAAAUCUAUUAAUGAAUCAAUAACUCGAGUUGCAGUGUAUGUAUCGUUGCUAGCCUUGUAUAUACUUGGAGGAAACAAAGUCAAGGCGGGUGAACUCUCAGUGGGAACGGUUGCUUCUUUUAUAGGAUACACCUUCACGUUGACAUUUGCCGUUCAAGGAUUGGUUAACACAAUAGGGGAUCUGCGCGGUGCUUUUGCUGCGACAGAUAGAAUUAACUCGAUCUUAUCCGGGUCAGAAAUCGAUCAAGCGUUAGCUUAUGGUUUGGAAAAAGACAUCAAGCAAGGAUUAGGAACAAAUAAUAACUUAAAAAUGUUUUUCAACAAUAACCCUGAUGACAAAAGGCGGUCUCAAAAUACGAGGUAUAUGUCAUCUUUAACAGCAGCCAGCAGUGUACGUAGUCUUGCAAGUUCUGGUGAUAUAUGUCUUGAAGAUGUGCAUUUCUCAUAUCCUUUGAGACCUGAUGUAGAGAUCCUUAAUGGUCUUAAUUUGAUACUAAAAUGUGGAAGUGUUACGGCUCUAGUGGGCUCAAGUGGUGCUGGAAAGAGUACCAUUGUACAGCUUUUGGCACGGUUUUACGAGCCGACGCAAGGUAGGAUAACAGUUGCAGGGGAGGAUUUAAGAACAUUUGAUAAGAGUGAAUGGGCCCGUGUCGUCUCCAUAGUCAAUCAAGAACCCGUUCUUUUCUCGGUAUCAGUGGGAGAAAACAUUGCGUAUGGGCUCCCGGAUGAACACGUAUCAAAAGAUGAUAUUAUAGCAGCAGCCAAAGCUGCCAAUGCUCAUGAUUUUAUAAUCUCACUCCCAGAGGGCUAUGAUACACUUGUUGGUGAAAGAGGUGGCUUACUAAGCGGUGGUCAAAGACAGAGGGUUGCUAUUGCGAGGGCCUUGCUAAAAAACGCUCCUAUCUUAAUACUGGAUGAGGCCACGAGUGCUUUAGAUACGGUCAGUGAGCGGUUAGUCCAGGAUGCACUCAACCGUUUAAUGAAGGGAAGAACCACAUUGGUGAUUGCACACCGGUUAAGCACGGUUCAAAAUGCAGACCAAAUUGCUCUCUGUUCCGAGGGGAAAAUAGCAGAGCUAGGCACUCACGCUGAGUUAUUGGCUAAGAAGGGAGAUUACGCGUCUCUUGUUUGCACACAAAGGCUUGCAUUUGAGAAAGUGAACGGGGUUUCACAGAGAGUUUGAAGUUCAAGCAUUGCAUCGAGUCGAUACCUCUUUUGUAGGAUUUUUCUCGUACUUCCCAUCCGUAUAUGGGAUAUAUUUUUCAAAUCCUGGGAAUUUAAAGCUUGUUUUUUUGGGUUUGUUAAACAUUGAAAAGUUGUAUGGUUUGUUUAAACUUGAAACAUGUUGAAUUAAAUUGCAACUUUUGGAGAA